UAGCCAAUAGUAUGAGUUCUUUUCUGUUUUUCCUACGGGAGUUAUCAAGUAGGCGUAGCCAUUUUUUUAACACGAAUAAUGUUAAAAACUUCUCAAAACAAAAAAGUUUUAACGAAUAAAUCAAUCAAAGUAGGUACACAUGACGAUUUAUUUGUGCAAUUUUAUUCAUUCAAGCGUAAAGUGAGUGAUAAAUAAUUAAAAAGCAAGUGUGUGAAUAAUUAAAAGAUGCUAUUUAGUGAUUAGCGGCUAGGUGGUACAUUCGGAAUCGGCGCCUUACACGGAAGUACCAGGUAUUAAAUCCCAAUCGUCAAGGAAAGCCAGAAAUUUCUCCUGAAGUAGCAGAAAAGAAGAAGAAGAGCCACCAAAUAAAGAAGAAAAAUUGCUUUGAUUGGGAAUAUGAUUUGGAUUAAGAAUGGCAAUAAUUUAAGAAUUUUCAAAUAAUCAACGAUAUUCUCUAAUCGCCACUCUAAUACUACCACACGAAUCAAGAUUGAACACUCAAAAUGUUUGCUUUAAUUACAAAAGGCAUGUUUAAGGGCAAAGCUGGGUUUGACGGGUAACCUAGUUAUAAAUAUCAUCGUUCUAAGAUACGUUUACGGGGACUUUUGUCCGACAUUGAAAAACUAGCGUUUGUGGUCUUUGCCCGGAGUUCGAUGAGGUAGUUAGACUAGGUAGUCCGACAGAUGGAACAUUCACGACAGUUAUACAUAUGCUACAUUAUAAAUCUUCAUGAAAACACCAAGUCUUUCUGGGUGCAUAAUGUUCGAAUACUUCCAAACAAACUCAGGUACGAUCAGCAGUAAUAUUUAUCCCGAGGGUCAUGUUUUCGUCUAAGGUAAACAAUCCUUCUACGGCAACUGUAGGGUAGUUAAGCACAUUUUGCGCAGAGGUAAAUUUGUCAACCUUCUUCAACAUAUAAAAAGGGGACACAGUUGGAUGGAACGACAUCAGUCGCUAAAAGAUAUUCGUCACGGUAACGUGUGUGCAUAAAACUAGCUUCUAUUCAUCAGUUACUGGAUCCUGUUCAAAACAUCGAGACUCAAGUCAACAUGGCUUCUCAUAACGACGGUACAUCAAGAAAGACAGCGAAGCUCCAUGAAACAGAGGAUACAACUCCGAGUUUCAGCAUCGAAAACCUUUUACAACUGAAGCAGUCCAAACCCAGCCAGAAUAGAGACAUCGAUGUGAUAAGCAGUAUGACAACAAACCGGAAGACUUCUACGUUGUCGGACAACUCGAGCUAUUUAGAAAGUGACGACAGUUGCGACAGCGGACGCCUGCAGAUCGCUUGGAGCGGCACCAACUCAACGAGCAACGACGCCCAAUCAAUGAUGUUCUACAGCAAUUCACUUCGAUCUCAUCCGCUCAAACGAUACAACGCACUAAUAUCGAUGACAGAUGCGAAAAUUCCGAUUGUUUAUCACAAGAGCAUGGCACGACAAUUCCCAACCAUAGAACGCACCCCGGAACAAAUGGAAAUGCGUCGACGGAAUACGGAAGCAGCACGAGUCAGCAGAUCGAAGAUGAAGAUGGCGGAGCUUUUGAUGCAGCAGGAAGCGAAUGAGCUGAGCACAGCGAAUACAACCCACAAACAAAUGAUCGCAUCACAGUUGGUGUAUGCGAAUACACUUUCCAAGCUGUUGGACAUGCAACCGGUAGAGUUGAAAUUUGUCGAACGAGUCGGCCGAAGGAAUAGUAUUAAUGUUUAAAAUAAAGCUUAGCUUGUAUGUUCUGUUUCGAAAAUAAUAAUUUAAAUAAAAUAGAAAAGCUCUUAGUACAUUAUCUUUGUGUCAUAACCGUUUUUUCUUGUUUGAAAUAAAAUGAUAAUUUCAAAUGAAAUACACAAACUAUUCUGAACUGUUAGAUGCCGAAAAAGGUUAUAUUCAAUUCAACAACAUAUGCCCUAAAGCAGAUGUGUCAAACUCAUUUCAGUCGCCGACCGCAUUUACACAUUUUCGAUAAUUUGCGGGCCGCAUAGUUCAACUUGAAAAGAUAAUCAGUUUGGUCGUGUUUCAAGUAAGUAUUAUUUGCUUAAUCAAUUUCUUUACUAGAUUUCUCGAUUGAAAUCUGGCAACGUUUGUUUUCCACAAUUUGGUCGAUAUGCU